GGCAGUUGGAUGGUACACGGUGUGUGUGGUACAGACUGUCUUGUGAAAUGUCUAUUCCUGUUUCAUUCAGGAGGUAACUUUUUCGCCAAAUGUGAGGUGUUUCAAAGGAAUAUAGCUGUACCAGUACCACGACGACGUGACUUGUGGGAUAUAUUCAAUAUUUCAGUUCUGUGAAAGUUGUUGAAUUGGGACUGCUUGGCAUCUCAACCACAACGAGAAAACAGUGCAGGUCAAAAACACAUCUGUGCCAGAAGUAAACGUGGUUGAUCCCCUGGAUCCAUCAAGCAUUUGUGUGUGUGAUGAAGAGUAAGCUCUAUUAAGUUGCUGAUACAGAAAAAGGAUCAGAUACUGUUCUUAGGUUCCCUCAGCUGACCCCCAUAAUGGAUUACUUCUUACAUCUGACUUUGCUUCUUGGGAGUGCGUCAGGACAGAUUGUGAUUGACAUCAGCAAGGGGAAGACGUUGUCUGGUGAUGUCCAGGCGUCACCAAUCGCCAUCAGUCCGAUGCACUGUGCCACGUUGUGUCUGGUCGAGCCGCUGUGCCAGGCUUUUACAACAAAGUGUGAUUGGAGAUUCGGCUUUGAUGUUGGAUGUCACCUGUUUACCACCACAGAUGGACAGACUACAGCACCUGGAUCCUGCCUAGGAAUGUUCAGCAACAGACCCAGUACGACAUUUCCUGUUACAACUACAUCAACGACCUCUGUCACCACAGCACCCGGAACAACGAUCACUACAUUUACUAUAACCACAACUACCACACCUACAACCACCACAACCACAGCACCAGCAUCUACAACAGCUGCAACUACAACUACAAGCACAACACCAACAACCACAAGUGAAACUACCACCAUCACGCCUCCAACUUCAACCACAGCACCUAUAACAACAACCACUACACAAACAAGUCUCACAACACGUACAACUACCACCACAACACCUGCAACAACGAUCACACGUACAACUACAACACCUGCCACUUCUUCCACAACACCUGCCACUACAACCACGACACCUUCUACAACGACCACAACACCUGCAACAACAACCACUACCCAAACAACAACAUCAAUGCCUACAACCACAACACCUUUAUCCACAACACCUGCAACAACAACCACCCAAACUACAGCACCAAUGACUACAACUACAUCACCUACAUCCACAACUGCCACUACAACUACAACACCAUCUUCAACGACCACAAGACCUGCAACAACAACCACCCAAACUACUACACCAAUGACUACAACUACAACACCUUUAUCCACAACUGCCACUACAACCACAACACCAAUUCUACAACGACCA